CAAAACGUGAAAAAGCUAAUAGGAUUUGUAUUGGACUUGUCUGAACUGCGCCAUCAAAUUACAGAGUGGUAAACAGAAUUUGCAAACAUGGAUGCUUUUGAAGAAACAAAGAAUGAUAUGAAUAUAUGGAUAUUCUUUUCGCAGUCUUCUACAACCAUUUUCAUGCACGGGUUUUCUGCAGCUUUACACCUAAUUUUGUUAUUAGUUUUAUCUAUUUCCUGUGUUUGCAAGAGACGCAUUAAACCAAACCUUGAAAAUUCAAAUCCAAUAUUUAAGAAAACAUAUUGGUCAGCCCUUAUAUCUUGCUUGGGUUUGUCUUUUUGUAAUCUUCUCCUAUUCGUGUUAAACUGCCUCUCUAUGUAUAGAUAUGGUUGGUCUGAUCUCAAACUAGUUGCCCAAUUGGAUUUUACAUUCAAAACACUCACUUGGUUUGUGAUCUCUGCUUACCUAUGGAUCAAAUUUUCUCAUUCAUGUGAACACAAGUUUUCCAUUCUACUAAGGGUUUGGUGGGUCUUUUACGUCUUAAUGUCUUGUUCCUUUCUUGUUAUACAUUUUGGUUUAUAUUGGAAACAUUCGUCCUUACAAUUCCUACUACGGGUUUCCGAUGUUGUAUCCAUUAUUGUUGGUUUGUUCUUUUGUUAUGCUGGCUUGUUUGGCAAAGAACGAGAAGAUGGAUAUUUCCAUCUUUUGGAUCCUUUUUUGAAAAUUAGUUCCAGUCAAAACAAUGGUGAUGAUAGACAAGGAUCAAGUGUCGGUGAAGAGAGUAUAACUCCUUAUGUAAAUGCUAAUCUUCUCAGUUUUUUUACUUUUGCUUGGAUGGACUCUUUGCUUGCACUUGGGUACAACAAAACUCUGGACCUCGAAGAUGUUCCUCAGCUUGCCAAUUAUGAUAGUGCCGAAGUGGUAUUUGCUUGUUUUAGAAAUAAACUUGAAGGUGAUAGUAAUACAAUUGAUAAUGGUGGUCAGGUAAGCACACUCAAGCUAGUGAAGGCAUUGAUUCUCUCGACAUGGAAAGAGAUUCUAUGGACGACUCUACUCUCCAUUGUAUGCACAUUGGCUUCUUAUGUUGGACCUUACCUUAUUGAUGCUUUUGUUCAGUAUCUUAAUAGCCCUCUCCAACUAAAUCAUAAAGGUUAUGAGCUAGUGUUUAUUUUCAUUGCUUCCAAGCUCAUAAGGUGCCUCUCCGACAGACACUUGUUCUUUCAAUUGCGAAAGAUGGGAAUUAGGGUCCGUGCUGCCUUGUUUGCAGUAAUUUAUAAGAAGGGUCUCAGGCUUUCAAGUCAAUCAAAGUUGGGUCACACUAGUGGUGAGAGCAUUAAUUUGAUGAGUGUUGAUGUUGACAGGAUCGGCCUUUUCAGUUGGUACUUGCACGAUAUAUGGAGGGUGCCUGUUCAAGUUAUUCUAGCGUUGUUGAUCUUGUACAAUAGCCUUGGGCUCGCUUCACUUGUAGCUUUUGUUGCGACAUUGAUUUUGAUGUUAGUAAAUGUUCCACUGGGAAAACUACAGGAAAAAUUUCAGGGGAGAUUGAUGGAUUCAAAAGAUCAAAGGAUGAAGGUGACAUCUGAGGCUCUGAGGAAUAUGAGGAUUCUCAAGUUCCAUGGUUGGGAGAUGAAGUUAUUGGCUACAAUAAUUGAGAUCAGGAACUUUGAAACAAAAUGGUUAAAAAAGUUGCUUUAUACAUCAGCUAUGACUACAUUUGCCUUCGUGUCUGCUCCCAGGUUUGUAUCCAUAGUUACUUUUGGGUUCUGUGUGCUUAGAGGAAUCCCGCUAGAGUCAGGGAAGAUUCUAUCUGCACUUGCAACAUUUGAGAUAUUGAAAGGAGCCAUUUAUAAUCUCCCAGACACAAUCUUUAUGGUAGUUCAAACUAAAGUCUCCCUUGACAGGAUAACUUUAUUCCUUUGUCUCGAUGAUCUUCAACCAAAUAUAGUAGAAAAGCUGCCAAGCGACGCUGUCGAGGUUGCAGUUGAGGUAGUCAAGGGGAAUUUCUCUUGGGACCUUCAUUCCCCUAAUCUCACAUUAAAAGAUAUCAAUUUUCGAGUGUACCAUGGUUCAAGAGUGGCUAUUUGUGGUUCUAUUGGGUCAGGUAAGUCAAGUCUACUUUCAUGCAUAUUGGGGGAAGUGCCAAAAGUAUCUGGAGCUAUUAAGUUAAAUGGGACAAAAGCCUAUGUUGCACAAGCACCUUGGAUACAAAGUGGUAAAAUAGUAGACAAUAUAUUGUUUGGUAAGAAGAUGGACAAAGAAAGGUACGAAAUGAUCCUUGAAGCGUGUUCAUUGAAGAAGGACCUAGAAUUGUGUGCUUUUGGGGACCAGACUAUCAUAGGGGACAGGGGGAUUAACCUUAGUGGUGGGCAAAAGCAAAGAAUCCAACUUGCACGUGCUUUAUACCAUGAUGCUGACAUUUAUCUUCUUGAUGAUCCUUUUAGUGCUGUGGAUGUCCAUACAGGAACUCAUCUAUUUAAGGAGUGUUUGCUAGGAAUAUUAGGUUCAAAAACAGUUAUUUAUGUUACACAUCAAGUAGAGUUUUUACCUUCUGCUGAUCUUAUCUUGGUUAUGAAAGAUGGAAGGAUUACUCAAGCAGGAAAGUAUGAAGAAAUUCUUAAUUCAGGAACUGACUUUAUGAAAUUAGUGAGUGUACAUAAGAAAGCUUUGGCAGACUUUAAUUCUUUUGAACUUAAGACUGAUUUGGAUAAUUCAAUUAGUAGUGAGGAAAAUGAUAAUACAUUGUAUUGUGAGAAAUCCUUUCAAGAUGUUGAGGAAAGGGAACCUCAAAAGUAUAAAACAGAAAAAUUGGUUGGGACCGAAGGACAGCUUGUCCAAGAAGAAAAGCGAGAAAAAGGUGGAGUUAGUUUUUCAGUUUACUGGAAGUAUGUUACUACUGCUUAUAAAGGGAUUUUUGUACCAUUGAUAUCGUUGGCACAAAUUCUUUUCGAGCUUCUCCUAAUAGGCAGUAAUUAUUGGAUAGUGUUGUCCACUCCCAUUUCAGGAGAUGUGAGGCCUCAUGUCAAAGGAUUUACUCUCAUCUUUGUUUAUGUUGCGCUGACCCUUGGAUGCUCUCUUUGUAUAUUUAUAAGAUCCAUGCUCGUUGUAACUGUUGGAUACAAAACAGCCACUUUGUUCUUUAAUAAAAUGCAUUUGUGCAUUUUCCGUACUCCCCUAUCAUUUUUUGAUUCUACUCCAAGUGGAAGGAUUCUAAAUCGGGCAUCCAUAGAUCAAAGCGCACUUGAUACUUCUAUUCCACAUCAAUUUGAAGAACUUCUUAUCUCAAUCAUAGAAAUCGUGGGAACUUCUGCAGUAAUGUCACAGGUUGCAUGGCAAAUGUUAUUAGUUUUUAUUCCAAUGAUUGUGAUAUGCAUUUGGUACCAGAAAUACUACAUAUCUACAGCACGAGAACUAUCGCGGAUGUUUGGAGUAUGCGAGGCUCCAAUUAUACAACAUUUUGUUGAAUCUAUUUUAGGUUCAACCACAAUCAGGUGUUUUGAUCAAGAAAAGAGGUUUAUGCACACAAGCCUCAAGCUGGUGGAUGGGUAUUCUCGGCCCAAGUUUCAUUUCUCUGGUGCAAUUGAGUGGUUACUCUUUCGCAUGGAUAUGUUGGCAUCCAUCACAUAUGCAUUCUCUUUGGUUUUCUUGAUCACAAUGCUAAAGGGAGUACUUAGUCCUGGUGUUAUGGGCAUAGCAGUCACAUAUGGACUUGGUUUCAGUAUGCAUGGGCUCCUAUGGGAUCUUAGCAUUCUUGAGAAUAAAAUUAUAUCCGUUGAAAGAAUAAUGCAGUAUACUUGCAUCCCUAGUGAACCUCCUUUGUUGGUAGAAGAAAGCAGGUUAGAUCAUGAAUGGCCGUCACAAGGAAAAGUUGAUAUUGUUGAUCUACAGGUCAGGUAUGCCCCACACCUUCCUCUUGUCUUGCGAGGUAUCACAUGCACUUUCCCUAGUAGGAUGAAGAUUGGCAUCGUUGGACGAACAGGAAGUGGUAAAUCAACUCUCGUACAUGCUCUUUUUCGUAUGUUUGAACCUACAUGCGGUCAGAUUUGGAUAGAUGGAAUCAAUAUCUCCAAGAUUGGUCUUCAUGACUUGCGCUCAAGAUUGAGUAUCAUCCCACAAGACCCUAUAAUGUUUGAGGGGACUCUAAGAAGCAAUCUUGAUCCAUUCAAAGAGUACAUGGAUGAACAAAUCUGGAAGGCUUUAGAUAGAUGCCAACUUGGUGAUGAAGUUAGAAAGAAGGAAGAGAAGCUUGAUUCUAUAGUGACUGAGAAUGGAGAGAAUUGGAGCAUGGGUCAAAGACAGCUAAUCUGUUUAGCGCGGAUAUUACUAAAGAGGAGCAAAGUGUUAGUACUUGAUGAAGCUACUGCAUCAGUGGAUACUGCGACUGACUAUCUAAUCCAACAAACACUUAGGCAAUACUUCUCACGAUCUACUGUCAUCACAAUCGCACAUAGGUUAACAUCAGUUCUUGAUAUGGAUAAGGUCCUCCUCCUCGAUAAUGGCCUUGUAUUGGAAUAUGAUUCUCCAGCCAAAUUGCUAGAUAUCAAAUCCUCAUCAUUUGCAAAGUUGAUUAACGAGUAUACUCGAGCUUGUUAAAGAGUAUACUCGAAGAUGUAGUUCUUAGUUUGAAAAAGCUAAAUAAGUGUGUUUUGAAUGUUUAGAUGCAAGCAGGUUGCAUUAGACUGAGGUGCAUCACUAUUUUGAGUAUGACCAAAAUAUAUUCAGAGAU